AUGCCUCCAGAAUUCAGUCAACUAACAAUACUUUACUCAUCUACCACCAACAAGAACAGUGCUGGGACGACGACAACGGCACUGUAUGCCCUCUUUUCUGCCCCCACCACCUUAGAGGCCUCCUCCGGACAAGGAGGUGAGUUUGACAAUCAUUCAGAAACAGAGAUUGCGCUGAAUAACAACAAAUUUGAUAUAUAUAGCUAUUUUGGGAAAUUAGUUAUUAACCUUAGAAACCAAGGGGUCCGAUACGUGCCUGUUAAUAACGCGUUAAUAACGCGUUAUUAA